GUCCGUUUGGCAAGACUGAGCCUUUGACUCGCGUUAUCGUCAUCGCUUUGGGUUAUGGCAUUGGCUUGGCUCUCGCUGUCUGUGCAACCGCCGGCGUUUCCGGCGGCCACAUCAACCCGGCCGUCACACUCUCCCUGCUAGCCGUCGGUCUCACCGACGUGUUGUCCGCCGCCGUUUACAUCGUUGCGCAGAUUCUCGGAGCCAUUUUCGGUGCGGGACUUGCCAAGGCCAUCGUGCCUUCUGAAAUCAAA